AUGAUUAAAAUCGCAUUUCUCACGCUGUCUCUGGCGGCAUUGGGAAUGGCAGUCUCAUCUACAGCUGCUGAGCCUGUGACAGCUACAACAACUGGCCCUGUCACUGUCUUUACCAUCAUGAUUCCCGGUGUCACUCCAACUCCCAGCCACGCAUCUAUCAUCGGCGUUGGCAAAGACGCCAUUACAUUUGGAAUAGAGGUUUCAGGCUGUGUCAAAGAUCUAGUAGGCAAGAGCUGCCGAGAACUUAAGGGUCUUAGCUCCAUGACAAUUAUACAAGGCCCCAAAACAUACUCGCAAAACCUCGCUAUUUCUGAAAUAACGGUUGAUGCCGCCUGCUCUCUUGACGGAACAGUCCUAGCCGAUUGCACAUUAAAAAUAAACUCAGCCAAGACAAAAGCCUCUGUCACAACGAAACUGACUGGAAAAGAUUUAGAAAACGCUUUCGGCCCGAUCACGGCUACAGCUGGUCAAGAGAAGUUGCAAGGCACCCCAAGCGCGGGUAAGGGACCAAAUGCUGGGCCGAGAGCCACUGAAAAUGCAAAUUGGGCCAUUGGUGGUGCGGCUGCGGCGGUUGUGAUUGCUGCAGCUUUGUAG